UUCAAAUGGAUAAGCUCACUACUUAUUUUGAUAGAGAGAGUCAACUUGUUUUUUUUCUUUUUCUCCCCACAGGCUUGAAAAUCAAUCACUGAAUGCAAAAGAACAUCGUUCUCACCGCUGAUACACCUGCACAGACGGACCUGUACCUCAGCUGGUUCAUGAACCUUCAGCUCAGACAUGGCAGACAUCAGCGAGACUGAAAAGGUCCAGCUGCACGCCCCGGAUUUAACGGAGCUGCGUGGUGUGUUACAGGCAGGACUUCAGGACAACUUCGCUGAAGUUCAGGUGAGUGUUGUGGAGUGUCCAGAUCUCACAGAGGAGCCCUUCCAGUUCCCUGUCAAAGGCCUGUGUGGACAUCCUCGCAUCACUGACGUUGGUGGUGUGCCGUAUCUGAUCCCCUUGGUUCAGAAGCACAAGGAAUAUGACAUGAACAUCAUAUCGAAGGAGGUGGAGCUGCCGGGAUGCUUCAUCCUCGGUGCAGCAGGAGCAGCCUCCAGGAUUCUUGGAAUGAACGCGGAGCUGAUGCCCGUGGUUCUGACUGAAGCGGAGGGCCGGCCUGCGGUGAACAGCAGCUACUUCUCCUCCAUCAAUCCAGCCGACGGUCAGUGUCUGCUAGAGAAGUACAGCGACAGAUUCUCCGACUGCUGCUUCGGACUGCUGGGUAAUCUGUACGCCUGCGACGGGAAGCCCGGGAAGGUCAUCGAGGUUCGGGCCAAGAGGAGAACAGGAAGCCACAGUCUUGUGACGGCCAUGAGGACGACGCUGGAGGGCCACUACCCGGAUAAAAGCCUGGCUCUGGGAGGCACCUUCAUCAUCCAGAAAGGGAAGGCUAAAAUCCACAUCAUGCCGAGAGAGUUCUCCGUCUGCCCCCUGAACACCAACGAUGACGUCAACAGCUGGCUGAAGCACUUCGAGGUCAGCGCCCCGCUCGUCUGCCAGUCAGUGCUGGUGUCCAGAGACCCGGGUUUGGACCUGCGUGUGGAGCACACCCACUGCUUCAGCCACCACGGAGAAGGUGGCCACUACUACAUAGACACCACACCUGACACCGUGGAGUACCUGGGCUACUUCAUGCCCGCAGAGUUCGUGUACCGCAUCGACAGGCCCAAAGAGACCCACGGAGUCGGGCGGGAUUGAGGAAAAAUGGAGGAAUGAAUAACAAAUCACAGUGAAUCCAGCAGUAUUUGAUUUAUAUUCUGUGUGUUAUAACACCGCACAGAAACUUUGUAUUUUUUAACAAUGAUCAUGAUGAUUUUACAUCAUUCACUUUAAGCUCUCAAACCACAUUUCUAAAAAUCAUAGUUUAAAGACAAUCACUGCUUUUCCUUUAAUAAAAAAAUGUUGAGUUUC